GUUGGGCAAAAGGUGGAGUAGAACCAAGGUUUUCCUCCAUUCCUUCCUUACCAAAACCUAGGGUUAGGUUAAGGGUUUCCAGAUCUCUCGAAUCUUCUCAAACCGCUCGAUACUACUCCAGUUCCGCUGUCUCCGCCUCCUUCUUCCCGUCCGAUCGAUCCGUUUUCGGCGAAAUUCGCUGUUGACCAAAGCCCGUGCAUUUCCUUAUCGCGACUCCCUUGAUCGAUGAAAUUUCCAAUUGUUUUAGAUAUAAUUGUUGUCAUAGCCUGAUUUACGGGAUUUUGGAGAAACGAAGGAAGAAUCGGUGGAUUUUUGGUAUUGAUCUGGGGAAUUGAACGGAUGUGAAAAUCGUGGUAUUAUGUGAUAUGUGUUAAUCCAUUGCCUGUAGUUUGUUUGGUGGUCAUUUUCAGGUGUCAUUUGGAGGCGUGGUGUUUAUUCUGGUUGUUGGGUUUGAAUCGGGGCUAUGUAUAUUGAAGAAUUAAAGGGAGGGGAAGUGGACUGUGGGAGGGAGGAAGAACAGUUAUCUGGUAGUGGCGCUUUUCGUGUUGGUUUUGUUGCGGAGGAUGCGAGAAGGGCUUUGGUCGGAGCGGGGGCUCGGGCACUUUUCUAUCCGACUUUGCUUUACAAUGUUCUCAGGAAUAAGGUUCAGGCAGAGUUCCGGUGGUGGGAUAGGGUUGAUGAGUUUCUACUGCUAGGUGCUGUUCCAUUUCCAUCUGAUGUUUCACGCCUAAAGGAGCUUGGCGUGGGUGGAGUGGUCACACUAAAUGAGCCAUAUGAGACUUUGGUUCCAACAUCUCUGUAUCAUGCUCAUGACAUUGACCAUUUGGUGAUCCCUACUAGAGAUUAUCUCUUUGCACCAUCAUUAACUGAUAUACGUCAAGCUGUAGAUUUCAUUCAUAAGAAUGCAACUUAUGGGCGAACUACAUAUGUCCACUGUAAAGCUGGCCGAGGCCGCAGCACAACAAUUGUUAUAUGUUAUCUGGUGCAGCACAAGCAUAUGAUGCCCGCUGAUGCAUAUGAUUAUCUAAAGUCAAUCCGGCCAAGAGUGCUCCUAGCCUCUUCGCAGUGGCAGGCUGUCCAGGAAUACUACUAUCUUAAUGUCAAGAAGACUGGUGUCUGUGGCUAUAUGACAAAUCUAGUUAUGAAACCUCCAGUUCUCUCAGCUGCAGAAGAUCUUGUAGCGUUCGAUGAUGACACUAUAGUUGUGGUAACAGAAUCGGAUCUUGAUGGAUAUGACCCAUGUCUUGAAUCGGGUGCUGUAGGAAGUGAGAUAUGGGCAGAUUUAAGUGUAGUCUAUAGGUUUCGAGUUGCUGGCCAGGCAGCUCUGGCAAGAAUCUCAUGCCUAUGGCUCCGUUACCAUGCCAACCAAAAGAUUUCAGGGGAAAGGUUGGUGAGGCCUGAUCAUUUGGGAGGGCUUACUGUGGACAUCCAGGUCUACUGAGAAAUACUUGAUGAAAUUGCACAUAUGAUGUUUGUUAAGCUUUGCUUCCCCUAAUUUCAUUUCUGGUAUAUGAUAAGGCAAAUACGUUUUUAUUACCAGAAAUUUGAAUUGUGGAUUUUUGUGCUUGUGUUUAUUCUGUAAAUGAGCUGUUUUUCAAUUUAAGUUGAAAUGAAGAAAGAUGGCACACCCAUAUUUCCUGGUCA